CUUCUAGCCCACCUCCACAGCCUAAGGGCUCAAAAAGCACCCAAUCACUUGAAAAUAUACUCCAUAAACUUGGACCAAUUACAGACGUUUCCUACGAGCCCUUCCAACCCGAACCUAGACAGCCAGCAAGAGCACUUUUACCUCCUACCUUCCCUCCAAAACCACGCCCUUUCGAUUACUUUAGCCUGUUCUUUACCUACGAGCAUCUCCAGACAAUUACUACAAAUACCAAUCGAUAUGCGAGCAAGCAAAGGCUACAUAUAAAGGGGGAAAGCGUACGAGAAUGGACAGAUCUGCUUGUGGAGGAGCUACAUGUGUUUCUCGGUGCUAUUAUAUAUAUGGGAGUACAUGAUGAGCCUCAAGCUGAGAUGUAUUGGAAUGCAGACUUUAAUAAAGGUCCUUUGCACUCAAUCGCAAGCCAUAUAUCACGCUGCCGCUUUGAGCAAAUUAAACGGUACUGCCAUAUUUCAUGCCCUGAGAAUGACGAGCAAAAGGGAUAUCACUUACCUUCUAAUAAGGUAUGGUAGUAUAAGCUUGAACCUCUAGCUUCAUCUAUUCAAGCUUCCUCCCAAUUAUAUUACUCGCCUUCAUCCGAUGUGAGUAUUGACGAGCUUAUGGUACGGUGCUUUGGCAGGUGCGUUUCCCCCUUUUUU